AUUUUUCAAAAUGGUGAUUUAUAUUACUAAAUAUAAUAAUUCCAGUAAUAGUUAAUACGUACUUGUGGUUGUAAAUAGUCUCGAUCAGUGGAAUACAAAUAUUUUUAUCCAUUGUAAACAACAAUCUUCAACUUAAUCGGAUAAAAUGUCGUUCAAAAUCGGCAGGAAAGUGUAGGUUAGAAAUUAUUGGUGGGUCUUACAAGUUCGUUCAAAUCAAAUUUUACUUAAAACAAUACACCGCGUAUAAAAUAUAAUUGAUAUAAUAAAAAUAGUGCUUCCGGAACGAGCAUUCUCUAUACCGUUAUAUCAGAAUAUAGCGCUCUAUUUUAAGACCACAAUGUCGUUUCCAACGAAAGAAGAACGUGCACUUUGCUGGGGAGCGCGAGACAAAUUCUGGGCUUGUUUGGACCAGCAUAAAAUAGAAAAUGACACCAGCAAAGACAGUCCAUGUGCCCAAUUUAGAAAAAUGUACGAGCAAUCAUGCUCUGCGCAAUGGGUAAAACACUUUGAUAGGAGAAGAAGCUAUCUACAGUUUAAGGAAAAAGUAGAGAAACAUGGAUAUGAACCAUUAAAUGAAGAAAAGUAUAAAUAAUAGUGUUCCAAGGUGUGAUAUAGUUCAGUAGAUAUUGUUAUAAUGUUUAAAUAAAUAUAUAAACACAAGUAAA